ACAAAAACCAAAACCCAGAACUGAAGCCUCGCGCAUCUAAAACAAGUCUUAGCUUUGUUUACAGUAAAAGUUAAGAAAGUGUUAACAUUCACCCGAUUGUUAAAAGGUUAAAGUUAUAGAGAUGGUGAUGAGUUUAGUUCUGUCCUACACCCGGGGGGUAAAUCACUUCAGGCAGUGAGGACGAGCCCCUCGGUGGCGGUGCAGCAGGACGUAUACAGGAAAACAUGGAGACGAACAACCGGAAGUGUGAGCCGAGGACCAGCGAGAAGAAAUGCUCGUGGGCGUCCCACAUGACCAACUCAUCCACUCUGAUCGUCAUGAUCGGCCUCCCUGCCAGAGGCAAGACCUACAUGUCCAAGAAACUGACUCGCUACCUCAACUGGAUCGGAGUUCCCACAAAAGUGUUUAACCUGGGCGAGUACCGGCGUGAAGCCGUCCAGUCCUACAAAUCCUACGACUUCUUUCGACACGACAAUGCCGAAGCCAUGAGGAUCAGGAAACAUUGCGCUCUUGUGGCUCUGCAGGACGUGAACAGUUACCUAAAGGAGGAGGGGGGGCAGAUCGCCGUGUUCGAUGCCACGAACACGACUCGAGAGCGGCGAGAUCUCAUCCUGGAGUUUGCCCAGGAGAACGCGUACAAGGUGUUUUUCGUCGAGUCCAUCUGCGACGAUCCAGAUGUCAUCGCCGAAAAUAUAAUGGAUGUGAAGGUGUCGAGUCCGGAUUAUCCCGAGAGAGGCCGCGAGAGCGUCAUGGAGGACUUUCUGAAGAGAAUCGAGUGCUACAAAGUCACCUAUCAGCCUUUAGACCCAGACUCACACGAUAAAGAGCGCUCUUUCAUCCAGGUGAUCAACGUAGGCCAGAGUUUCCUGGUGAACCGCGUGCAGGAUUACAUCCAGAGCAAGAUUGUGUACUACCUAAUGAACAUCCACGUGCACAAACACUCCAUCUACCUCUGCCGGCACGGAGAGAGCGAACACAACGUACAGGGUCUCAUAGGGGGCGACUCGGGCCUGUCGGCUCACGGGAAAGAGUUUGCCGUGGCUCUGAGGGAAUUUAUAGUGGACCAGAAGCUGGUGGAUCUGAAGGUGUGGACCAGCCAGCUGAAGCGCACCAUCCAGACGGCCGAGGCCCUGGGCGUUCCGUACGAGCAGUGGAAAAUCCUCAACGAGAUCGAUGCUGGCAUCUGUGAGGAAAUGUCCUACAACAUGAUCAAGGAGAAGUUUCCUGAGGAAUUCGCAAUGAGAGAUCAGGAUAAAUAUCAUUACCGCUACCCAGGAGGGGAGUCAUACCAGGAUCUGGUACAGAGACUGGAGCCGGUGAUAAUGGAGCUGGAGAGACAGGGCAACGUACUGGUCAUCAGUCACCAGGCCGUCAUGAGAUGCCUGCUCGCGUAUUUCCUGGACAACAGCGCUGAUGACUUGCCGUAUCUGAAGUGUCCUCUCCACGUGGUGCUCAAACUCACCCCUGUGGCUUACGGGUGUAAAGUGGAGAUGUUUGAGCUGAAUGUUGAUGCUGUGAACACACAUCGCAGCAGAACACUCUCCAACAGCAAACAGGAAGUGCCGGUGAGGAGGAACAGCUUCACUCCCAUGUCCAGUCAGGACCAGGUGAAGCGACCACGCGUCUUCAGUGUCGGAAACCCACCUCGCACUCCUCUGCCUCCGUCGCUGAGCUCCAUGGACGUCCCUGAGGCUCAGGAGAACGACGAGCAACUAGAAACGGCGAAUUCCUCUGGUCCUGGAGAUUGACGAUGAACACAAGUGAAGACGUGCAAGCGCUUCAUUCUCUACCUGGAUGAGUCAGACUCACGCCUUACACCAACUUGCAACAUCCACAGCCAAGCCCAGAAACCGUGUGUGUGUGUGUGUGUGUGUGUGUGUGUGUGUGUGUUUGUCUGUCUGUCUUUAUGUUUAGCUAGCUUAAAGUAAUAACUUAAAGUUUUGCUUAAAUGUAGUCAGUUAGCCAGCACAUCUUUGGUGUCUGAGGUUUGCUAACACAGUUAAUAAUUCCUGGAUGACUAUUGGACAUAAAAACGUAGACAAAUCUUCAUAUUCUUGCUUCGAGUUAUAUAAUAAUUACGAAUAAGGAAUAAUUUUAAUAUACUAUAAUUAUAAUAAUUAUAACUAUUUGUUCUCAAAGUGCUUCUGAACCAUCAGUUCUGAUUAAUAAUUUAUAUAACAUUUACAGAAGGAGUCUCCAGUACAGUUUGUCAGAAUCAUCUUCUUAACGUUAAGCGAUCUUAACUGAUAACAGGAGCGAAGUACAUCUGUAAAUAUAAGCAGUUUAAGUGGAAUAAAUGCCGGGAUGGAAGAGAUCACCUUCUGUCCAUCACCACGACCAUCGUGGAUUAAAGCAGACACCAAUCAUGCCUUGGACAAUCCAUUAUUUUGAGGUUAAAGUGAAUACUUUUUAUUUGUAAAUAUCUCUGGAUAAGUAUUUGCCAAGAUUUGUUCCUGUGCCUUUGUGUCUAUUGCAGAGUGGCAUCACUGUGUGGUAUUAUUUAUUAUUUCAUUUCCCUAACAGCUUCUCCAAGCCUGUGCUGUUCCUCAGUCUGUAACCGUGCCAGGUUUAGUGGGAUAAUGAGUCAAUCACCAAGCAUGUGAGCCGCAUUACCAGUUUUGUAAUCCUUUGAGGCACUAAAACCAGAAACUCAGACAAGAUUGUUUCUUACACAAUCAGAAUGAUGUCAGAGAUGUAAAUGUAGCUUCAGUCCAUCACAAAUACACAGAUUCCUUCAGAACUUAAACCGUCUCUUGUAUGGAUUCAGAUGAACUCUGUAUUGCUUUGUACUACUGAUUUCCUGUUUCUGUGCCUUCUGUGAACAAGCCAUGGUGAAAGGGGCGUGGCCUCUGUACCCGAGCCUCAAUAAAAGGGGCGUGGCCAAUGUACAUAAGCCUCAAUAAAAGGGGUGUGGCCUAUAUCAAAGGGGUGUGGCUUCUGGCUGCCUAAACUUCAGUAAAAGUGCCGUGGCAUCUGCAUUUAAUUUACCUCAGAAAGUCGGACCACUGAACUGCGUCAUCAUCAACCUCCUUACACAAACGCCUCCAUGUUUGUCUUUUGUUAGUUCUCUAUUGUUAGCAUCAGGCUAUCCAGCUGACUACGAUGACUGUAUGUAGGACUUCCUCCUCAGCACAAAUCUCAGUAAAAGGGGCGUGGCCUCUGUUCUUCUGUCUUAAUAUCAUUUAAAGAAUAUAUUUAGCAAACCGACGGCAGGGAUUCACUUUUUCUGUUCCAGAGCGAUUAGACUGAAAGGUUUAAUCAGAGCAGCAUUACAGGAGUUAUCGUGUACCGAGCUGCUGAUCAACGCACACUGGACUCUGAUCAUGAGAAAAGUUCCAAAUGUUUUAAGGAAUGUCCUGAACAACAAGAAAAAAAUAUGCAAAAUGCACAUUUAAUGUGGGAAAAAAUACGAAAAAGGAACAUCAGAAAUAACGAAGCAGUCUUACUGCUGGAUUUAUUAAAGCACUUCGAUCUCACCCUGCAGUCAUCGAGCUCUCGUUCAUAAACACAUAUGAACAAUAAUGUUUAAUACAUCUUUUCUUUCCAGCUUGUUCAUUUAAAUGUCUCACUGGGACACCAGGCUGAAACCAAUCAAGCCACAAUUUUACUGAAUAUUUUAUUGUUUUUAUUUGAAAGGCUUUUAUUUUACAGGUUGACUGUAAUUUCUUUAUCAGUUGUUGUUGUGCUCAGAUACAUUUAUAAGGUAUUCAAGGGUUUCCUCAUUGUAGUACUUUUUAUUUAUUUUUUUUGUGUGAUGGAAAUGUCUUGUUUCGUGUGAUUAAAUUCUUAUGACGCAUAA